AUGCUGUUAGCUGCAACAACCACUUCGACAGUAACAGUUGGUAACCAGAAUUGUAAAAUGGACAGACUGAAGGAGCAACGAAUUGCUGUGAAAUUUUGUGUGAAACUCGGGAAGUCUGCAACUAAAACAUUUGCCAUGCUCCACGCGGGAUACGGUGAUCUUGCCAUGAAACGUACUGCAUGUUUCAAGUGGCAUGGACGUUUCAAGGAUGGCCUACAGUCGAUUGACGAUGAUGAGUGUCCGGAGCGUUCUUCAACAUCAACUUACGACCCACACGUUGACAAAAUCAACACCCUAGUGCAUGAAAAUCGACGUCUAACCAUUAGGGAGCUUGCCGAAGAGUGUGGAAUAGCAGUUGGAUCUGGUUACGAGAUUUUGAUCGGAAAAUUGAAGAUGCACCGUACCUCGUAUUUAUCUGCCGUAACUGUACACACUAUCAUCACUAAUAUAUCCCACAUGAUAGAAGUAACCGCGGCUUUUUGCCACACAUAA